GUCUUGGCAUCGGAUGGAACCCGGUAGCCGUAGUGUCAGAAGGCAUCCUUGUCAAUCCAGGACAGCGCGACUACAGGCUACAGAAUGUCCCUGCAGUGCUGAUUGGUGGCAAGUACCUGGGCACAAAGACGUGGCCUUCUGCUGGGACUUGGACCAUCACUUACAGAGCGCCGGUCACACUGUACAUUUGGGUCAUGAAGAACCAUUACAAUGCUGGUGUUGACAGUGCUCUAAGCAGCGAUGGCUGGGAGCAAGUGCCCUCUCCAGGCUUUAAGAGAAGCGACAACCACGAGCUUAAUGUUUGGAAGCGAUCCUUCGCUACUGGCACCUCUUACAACGUCAGAACCAAUAACCUCAUGGUCGGCGGCGUCGUUUCGAAAGGCUGCGAGGUGGCUGAGGCCCCCGAGAAAGAGGCGUCAGGACAGAAAGCCAUGGACAUGAUCUUGGAGGCGGCGAAAGCAGAGGGCUGGCUGAAUGCUGGCGGCAACAUCAGUGGCGACGGAGACGUCGUGGGCUUCACCUCCGAGGGACUACAGAGGUGGAACAACAGCCUUCCACCUGCAGGUGUGGUCUGCGAGCAGAGGCAAAUCAUGGCCGCCUUGCCCAAGAAGGCCCCAGAGCCGGAGAAGGUCAAGGAGCCGGAGAAGGUUUGGUUCAAGGGGAGAGGAGGACAGACUUGUACCAAC